GUCAAGCUACAUGCAAGUCUAGCAGAGCAAAGCAACCACAAACCGAAGCUGAUCUUUCUUUCAUUCAUUGUUUUUUUUUUGUGUCAAUACAAGGGGCAGCCUGUUGUUUUAUUAUUGUUAAUAUUGUAGUAAUACUAUAUUCUCAACUGCUAUUUGCCUACGAACUCAUCUGGCAUUAUGCCGUAAUAUUUUUUUUUAAAAGUGUUUCGAUAUAUUUAAACCACUUUUUACGGUCUUGUGAAGGUGUAGUGAAUAAAAAUAGUGUUUGUAUUCCAUCAACAAAGUUAGCAUUGAUUCGUACUCGUAUGCAAACGUCGUUUGCCUUCACUGUUGCAAAAAUAAAAGUUUUCGCAACGUCAUGGCGUGGACAAACUACCAAAAGUUUCUGGCCGGUAUGAUGGUGGUGACUGGGUCCAUAAACACACUCUGCACGAAAUGGGCUGACAAGCUGGAGUCCAAGGGCUCAGAUGGAAAUGUCAGGGAAUUUGAGCACCCCUUCCUUCAGGCAGCUGCCAUGUUCCUGGGAGAGAUGCUCUGUCUGCUGACCUUCAAAAUCAUCUACCGGGUGACCAUCAAACGUGACACACCUCCGAUGCUGGUGCAGGGCAACCAGAACUUCAACCCGUUUAUCCUGAUGCCAGCGGCCAUGUUUGAUUUGGUGGCGACAUCUAUAAUGUACGUGGGGCUGACGUUGACGUACGCCAGCAGCUUCCAGAUGUGCCGCGGGUCGGUCAUCAUUUUCGUGGCGAUGCUGUCCAUGACCUUCCUCAGCAGGGUCAUAGUGAAGCGGGAGUGGACCGGGAUUGGGUGCGUGAUCGUCGGUCUGCUGGUGGUGGGAGCGACGGACGCCGUAUUCCAGGACGGACAGAGCAAGGGCCGCAACAGCAUCAUCACGGGGGACCUGCUCAUCAUUGUGGCGCAGGUCGUCACCGCCUGCCAGAUGGUGUACGAGGAGAGAUAUGUUUCUGGUCUGAACAUCCCUCCCCUGCAGGCGGUGGGGUGGGAGGGGGUGUUCGGUUUCUCAGUACUGUCCUGUCUGCUGGUGGUGUUCUACUGGAUCCCGGCGCCGCCACACUUCGGCCACAACGCCAGGAACACCGUCGAAGAUGCGGUCGAUGGCCUCGUGCAAAUUGGCAACAAUCCGUUCCUGCUGGCGGCGGUGCUGGGCACGGUGGUGUCCAUCGCUUUCUUUAACUUCGCCGGCAUCAGCGUCACCAAGGAAAUGUCGGCCACCACCAGGAUGGUCCUGGAUUCUGUCAGAACCUUCGUAAUCUGGAUGUUCUCACUCGGCCUCCGCUGGCAGGCGUUCCACUGGCCGCACUUGAUCGGUUUUGCCGUCCUCAUUCUGGGCACGGCUCUAUACAACGGCCUCAUUACCAUACCAUCGUGUCGGAGACGGGAGACACUAGCGCCAGUCGUCGACACCGCGGCGGACAGCGGAGACGAAACUGCGUAGAUUUGUUAUAUUAUUGAUAAACUAUAUUUAGAAGAUCAAAAAGAAUAUUUCAAUGUAAUAAAAUAACCACUUAUGUAAGUAGAUAGAUAUAUGAACGUAUUUUAAGGUUAAUAAUUGUGAAACGCAUAGUAUCAAGUACUAGUGUACUUACACAGAUGUAUUAUGUCUCGUCCGCACGGGCGCUUUUUUAAUGCGUUAAAACGCGAUGGAAUAAAACUUAAUUGUGAAUCUAUGCAUUCGUUCAUCCGGUAAAAUAUUUUAUAUAUUAAGAGCACGAUGUGUGUGAACGCUGUGCGUUGGACAGUAGAUUAAAUGGUUACUUCGAAAAAAUCAUCUCAAAGGCAAUUAAAAUGUUAAAUUAAAAUGCGAUUUCAAAGUUGAAUUUUUUUUACACCCGUGCGAACGAAGUCGUAGCUAAUUGUCUACUGCGAACUAUACAUACUAUAUUAUAACUGUGAAAGUGUGUUUGUUUGUCUUUCUUUUUAUUUAUUUUUUUAAUAAUAGCACUAUGUCCCAAUAUGUGCCCUCUGGUACGGCUAAAUCACAGUCAGACCAAAUCUCCAAUGGACUUCGUAAUUGAACUAAUUUGACCAAGCGCUCGGCUCUCACGCAAUUAAUUUUCUCCGUUUUAUUGAUAUAUUUUUUUUGGAAAUGUAGAAAAACCCUUUAAAAAAAGUUUCGGGCUCCAGAUAUCGCUAUGACUAGAUAUUAGAUUGACUUCACGGCGUGCUGUCUGGAGGAGUAAAGUUUUUACUAGUUAGCCUACAUUUAGCCGCAAGCGAAGCCGCGGGCAACAGCUAGCAAUUAUUCAUUACAUUAUUAGAAAAAUUAUUUUAAAUUAUAUUUUCACUUUAAUCAAUUCAAUUAUUUUAAAUCAUAUUUGUAAAUAGCUCUUGAUUCUGAUGUUGGCAGAGUGCCUUACUUAGCUGGGUAAUAUAGGUGCGUAAAAGUAUGUAAGAACUUAACCUAAUAUUCCAUAUUUGCUCACUAUUAUGUGGAGUAAAACAUACGUGCAUACAUUUUAACACUUUUUCAUGUCUUCUUUUUGAUAAAAUUCUCGUAUAAAAAUAAUCUUAAUAUUCUAAUGACACUUCCUUCGUCCGGAAACUGUCGAAUGGUAAAACUCUUUGAAUGAAUCUUAUUUUAGUAAACUUCAAGCGGACUCCACACGGUCGCGGCGCGGUGAACUUGGCCAAUUCGGCAUACAUUGCUGGUGUUUAAUUGCGGCAAACAAACGCGCUCACUCAUAAAAACAUUAACUCAAAGAAAAUACCCAAUUUUCAUGCAUUCGCGUCGGCAUCUAAGUUUGGCUGUAAUGUGUGUGUGAUAGGCUGCUCAGUCCAGUAAAUCGUCAACGAAAAAUAACAUUUUUCGUAUCCAAUAUUAAGUUCUAUAGUUUUAUUCAUAUAUUAUGUUAGGGGAAUUUCUUAGAUCAAUAAUGAAAUACUUUAAAUUUGUUGUAUGACAUAUUUUAAAUUUUAUUAUUAUUAAAUUAAUACAUACAUUUUGAUACACUAUAAGACGCUAUAUGAGAAAAGAUCGCAUAUUAAAAUUCGAUAAACCAGGUUAUCACUAGUCUAUCGGAGUACAUAUUCCAGUAGCUUACACAGUGUCGUACCGGCUGUGUUGUGUACCUCAGCCUUAAAUUACAUUUUGACAAAUUUCUACUUGACAAAAACGGACGUUAGACAUUCCAUAGUAAAAUUUUAAUUGAUGAUACCCAAAAAUGGGUAUACGCCCGAAUUUUUGGAACGAAACUGGGCGAAAACCCAUUUGCUAACGACUCACGCCUUAAAGACUUAGGAAAGUUCCUAAAUUUUAAAAUAACUAAUGUUAAAUUCCGUGUAGCGUUCAGAUAGCUUUUGUAUGAACGAGAGCAAUAAUGCUAAUGUCGAUAUUAACAGCUGAAUAAUUUCAGAACUAGAUUUUUAUAAAGCAGGUACGACGCGUCUUGUGAAAAUAUUAUAAUACUAUUAUUAUAAAUGCGAAAGUUUGCUUGUUAACCUCUCUGUUCCGCUUUCACGGCUAAACUGCUGGACCGAUUUUGACGAAAUUCGCUAUGCAUGUAGUUAAAGACUCCCGCCCAAACAUAGGCUACUUUUUGUUUCAAAAAUCAACCUAAUAUCAUAAAUAAAUCAUAUCGGUUCCGCUUUCGCAGAGAAAUUCACGCUGUUGAAGCCGCGAACAAAAGCUAGUGUUUUGUAUAGUGAAAUUGAUCUGAGUAUCUGAAAGUAUAAAAAAAAAAUUGUACCAUUUGCUCAGUGAGAUUUUGAAUUUAUAUAAUAAGAAUUAAGGUGUAUAUUGUUGGUAAAUCAAUUUGUAUUCAUUAGUGAAAUAAAGUGAUAUUAACAA